AUGGCAUGGUCACUAGUUUGUCCCGCAAAUCGAGGAAUUGGUUUCUAUUUAACUCGACAUCUCCUUCAAAACACACAACUUCCCGUCGUGGCAACGUCGAGGAAAGAUAUUGAAGGAGCGAGGAAAUCUAUCUUGACAGACUUGGAUGUUGAUCCCAAGAGAUUGACGGUAUUGGAAGUCGAUGUCACGAAUGAAUCCACCAUCUCCUCAGCCGCAGAAAAAUGUUCAUCUCUCUUCCCCUCCUCAACCCACCAUCUCCGUCUCGCCUUUUCCAUCCCCGGGGUUCUCUACCCUGAAAAAUCACCCGCCCAACUAGACCAAUCCCAAAUCCAACACACCUUCGCCGUCAACACCAUCGGCCCCCUCCUCCUCACCAAACACUUUUCUCCCUUCCUCCCCCCAAAACGUCUCGAUCUCUCUUCCUCCCCCGACACAAAAAAUCUUCCGCCCCAUGCCCUCUGGCUCAACAUGUCCGCUCGCGUAGGUUCCACCUCGGAUAACGCACUCGGGGGGUGGUAUAGUUAUCGCGCUUCGAAAGCAGCGACGGGCUUGUCAAAGGAGUUUUGGGGAGGUGUCAAGGAGGGGAAAUUGUUCAGUCCCGAGUUUGCGGUGGAGAAGUUGUGGGAUGUUGCGAUGGCCAAGGGGAUUGAGAGUAGAGGGCGUUGUUGGGAUUGGAGGGGAGUCGAAAUUUCCCCUUGA